GGGGAAGGAGGAGGGGCGAGGUGACGCAGGCGUAAUAAUAGAGAAGGUGCCAGAAAGAUCCAAAACAAGUGGCUGCGGCCGUCGCCCAGGAUUCGUCAGACGCCGGAACCCGGUGAGGAUCCAGAGAGGCCUGAGGGCGACUGGUGGCGGGCCCUGGUUCUGAGCUUGUGCCGCCCCCCUCCCCCGGGUAUGGCGCUGUCCGGGUUGACCCCGGCCCCGAGCUGGGAGGAGGAUGAAUGUCUGGACUACUACGGGAUGCUGUCGCUUCACCGUAUGUUCGAGGUGGUGGGCGGACAGCUGACCGAGUGCGAGCUGGAGCUGCUGGCCUUCCUGCUCGACGAGGCCCCCGGCGCGGCCGGCGGUCUGGCCCGCGCCCGAAGCGGCCUGGAGCUGCUGCUGGAGCUGGAGCGCCGUGGGCAGUGCGACGAGAGCAACCUUCGGCUGCUGGGGCAACUCCUGCGCGUGCUGGCGCGCCACGACCUGCUGCCGCACCUGGCGCGCAAGCGGCGCCGUCCAGUGUCACCGGAACGUUACAACUAUGGCACCUCCAGCUCUUCCUCAAAAAGGACAGAAGGCAGCCGCCGUCGCCGUCGCCAGUCAAGCAGUACCUCAAAUGCCCAGCAGGGUCAAUGGGAGACAGGUUCCCCACCGACCAAGCGGCAGCGGCGGAGUCGGGGCCGGCCUAGUGGUGGUGCCAGACGGCGGCGGAGAGGGGCCCCAGCCACCCCCCAGCAGCAGCAGGAGCCAGCCAGACCUGCCUCAGAAGGCAAAGUGACCUGUGACAUCCGGCUCAGGGUGCGAGCAGAGUACUGUGAGCACGGGCCUGCCUUGGAGCAGGGCGUGGCAUCCCGGCGGCCCCAGGCGCUGGCCCGGCAGCUGGACGUGUUUGGGCAGGCCACCGCAGUGCUGCGCUCCCGGGACCUGGGCUCCGUGGUGUGUGACAUCAAGUUCUCGGAGCUCUCCUAUCUGGACGCCUUCUGGGGCGAUUACCUGAGUGGCGCCCUGCUGCAGGCCCUGCGGGGCGUGUUCCUGACUGAGGCCCUUCGUGAGGCCGUGGGCCGGGAGGCUGUCCGCCUGCUGGUCAGUGUGGACGAGGCCGACUACGAGGCUGGCCGGCGCCGCCUGCUGCUGAUGGAGGAGGAGGGAGGACGGCGCCCAACUGAGGCCUCCUGAUCCUGGACCUGGAAGGACUGAACCCACCUCCCAGCCUCCGGGCCACUUUCUCCCCCGGAGGACAUCCAUCUCUGCCCCUAGAGGACUGUCACUCCAGCAGCUCUGAGGACUGGACAGAUGGCCUGGCCCCUUGACAGCCUCUCCCACAGGAUGUGGGCUCUGAGGCCUAAACCACUUCCACCUGAGUUUUCUUCCCAGCCUUCCCCCAACCCUACCCCCAGGUGUGUUCCCUCAGCUUCAGGAGGCCAGGGGCACAGGCAUGCAGACCGGAAAGGAGGGAGGCACAUCUACACAUUCACCAAAGGCCCCCUUCACACCGUGUCCCUGAACCUGGGCUUUGUGCACACAUGCACACUGCCCCUCUGGAAUUUCCCCUGGCUGCCCUGGCCUGCUCCACACAUGUCUUUGGCCUCAGGGCUUCUCUCUCAGGAUCUCUGAUUUUACUGCCCCCAACCCUGGACUCCAGCACCGCUGGGCCCUGGGGCUAGGGUGCACAUGGGGCCUGCUCACCUUGCCCUCACAUCUCCACAGCCGGCCAGGGCUCUGCCCAGCUUCCAUACACAGACCUGGCUCCACAUCCUCCUGCCCCCCCAGAGUUGGACGUGCAGACUUGGACAUGGACCUGCACCCAGCGUGUCACACCGCAGUGCAUGUCACACCACAGUGCAGCAGCAUUAGACCAAGUGUGUUGUUGCCUAUGGGGCCAGGAUCAGAAACCCAACUUCCUUCUCAGAAAGGGAAGGCAGAGGCUUGGGGCUGAUGGGAAAGGCCUUUUAUAAAUGGCGCCAAUAAAACUGCCCUGGACUGGGGCUUAGGGUGGGCA